AUGGAUGCACGUGCUAAGAUGGGUGAAGAAAGUAAAUCAUCAAAUCGAUCAGCACAUGAUCUUAUUGCUGGUGUUGUUGGUUCCUUAUCUGGUCAAACAAUUGCAUCGUUACCUGAUUUACACAAUCUCAAGAGAACGAUUCGGCGCAUCCGGCAAAAGGCUCAGAAUUCAAAUCCAUUACCAUCAUCACUUAAAACAUUAUCUAUUCCAUCUCAUUUGACAAAAACAACAUCGAACAAAACAUUUCUUCAAUAUGAUUCAGGACCAAAAAGAAAAGCAAAAAAAUGUUAUGAUCAAAUGUUUAAGGCAAUUCAUGAUUUAAAACCAAAUUUAGAUCCUGCCAAUGUAUCAAUCGACUUUGAAGUGGCUGCUAUUUCUAGUAUACGAACGACUUUUCCUGGAGCAAACAUCAAUGGAUGUUUCUUUCACCUGUGCCAAUCGGUUUACAGAGCAGUCGUUCGUCUUGGACUAAAAACUGACUAUUCCAAUGAUCAAGUUUUUGCUCAAUAUAUUCGAGCUAUUCCUGCUUUGGCUUUUCUCAAGGUGAAUGACGUUAUUGAUACAUUUGAAAAAUUAGAAGAACAAUUUCCAGUCAAGGGAAAAUUAGUAUUAUUAUAUUUUGAAGAAACUUACAUUGGUGGAAAAAAACGUGGAACUCAAUCAAGAAAAAAGCCUGUAUUUGAAGUGACGUCUUGGAAUGUUCAUGAACGUACUAUGAACGGCUAUCACCGUACCAAUAAUAUUAUUGAAGGGUGGAAUAAUCGUUUCUCGUCACUUGUUGAUGGUGUACAUCCAAAUAUGUGGAAAUUUCUUGAAUCAUUGAAGAAGGAACAAUCAUAUGUCGAAGCUCAGCUGCAUCAAGCUGAAGCUGGUGUUCGAAGACGGAAAAAUAUAAUUACAGAAAGACGUGAAAAAAGAAUUUUAAAUAUUUUAAAUGAAUCUUCUACAACAAAUCUAGAAAAGAUUCUAUCGUUAGCAAACAACAUUUCACUCAAAUCCUCGUAA